AUGAAGCUUAGUAGUCUAUGCCUAGCAGUAAAAUCAACAAGUAUCCAUGGAAGUGGAAAGCUGUCCUUAGAGCAGGGAUCCAGUUUAUCAAAAUUAGUUGCUUUUUCAGCAGCUCUUCCUUCUUCAGGGGUUGAUAUUGAACCCGGUUUCUUUUGCGNUUUGGCAGUCGUCACUCUCCUCCCUGUUGGCGGAACCCUACUGGCACUCGCCGGAUUGACACUUGUUGGAAGCCUUAUUGGCCUUGCUGUCACUACUCCUCUUUUCAUCAUCUUCAGCCCGGUUCUCGUCCCGGCCGCCAUUCUUGUUGGCCUUGCAGUCACUGCUUUUCUUACUUCCGGUGCCUUCGGGCUAACUGGGCUGUCAUCGCUUUCUUGGGUUGUGAAUUUCUUGAGGCAGGUUAGUGGGUCCAUGCUGGAUCUAGCGAAGAGCCGGAUGGGGGAUGCGGCCAUACAAGUUGGGCAGAAAACAAAGGAGACUGGGCAGACGAUACAGCAGAAAGCACCAGAAGGGAAAGAAAGUACCGGUGGUAGAACUUGAAGAUGGAUGAUAUAGUACAGAAUUUAAGAUCCAGUUUCCAUUGCUGAAAUAAUGCAGUUUCUGCUGUUAUAAGUUUCUUGUUUGUUUGUGUAUGUGAACUGUGUGUUUUUGAUUUGGUGAUUGCUUUCUGUGGAACGUAGUAGAGAAACAUAUGAAACAUGCAAGUUGUGGUUUAAGCUCAUUUGUGCAAUUACUUGAUGUUUUUCUUCCUAAUUACAUUUGCAA